GGCGGAGGGAAAGAUGGAGCCCAAGGAGGAGCUGCAACGAGCGAGAGCUGCGUACUUCACAGCUCUCGAGACGGGAGAAGAGCUGGAAAACAAGAAGUUCACCUAUGCCUGGUGUUUGAUCUACAUGAAAGACCAUGAAGAGAUUCGAACAGGAAUCACGCUUCUUCAAGAGUUGGCAGAAAUCAAAUCUCUUCAAAGGGAGGCUCUUUAUUACCUUGCUGUUGCCCAAUAUCGCCUAGAGAUGUAUAUGCUCGCACGAAAUACUCUUAAGCAGCUUCUGGCGAUCGACCCAAAUAACAAACCUGCGCUAGACCUGAAGGCUCUCAUCGAGCAUGUUCUAAGAAAAGAAGGAGCAAUCGGCCUCGCUGUCUUCUCAGGAGGAGUUGCAGCAGCGGCUGGCGUCGCUCUUGCUGUGGGAGCAGCCCUUGUGAAGAGAAGAUAGCUACAUAUAUUUCAUUUGCUCAUCAGAUCUAGAUAGUGAUGGAUAAUGGUGAUGCACUGACUGGCAAGAAGGGAUAUCGGGCCCACGGAUAUGUUCUCUAUCCCCUCAACCCCGCUGAGAGUCUUCUCCUGCAGCACAACAAGGGUUAGCUUGUGCCAUCCAGUUUCUGUAUUGUGUGUAUUAUGAAGCGUUCAAACCUC